AUGGCUACUCCAGCUCUAGUUCCUGCCCCGGCUUUGCCACCGGAUUUAUCUUUCAGUGUCCCCAACCCUGCCAAAUUUUCUGCAUCCCCGAAGCAGGAGUUGAGACGAUACGUGGCAUGGCUGCUGAGGGAGUCCGAGGUACCUGCUUUUCUUUGGGGGCCUGAGGUAACGCGGAUAUACGGAAGCAAUACCGAUUUUGAAUACAGCAUGUGGGCAGUGAAAGAUGAGGCCAUGAAGAAGGCCGUGCAAGUGCUCAACGAGGCCGGAUUACGACCCUGCAAAAAAGGCCGUCGUUGCGCGAAGCACAGGAGCCUUCCAUUUCCCGACCAACAUUACCACAAGGUCCUCAAACAUUUUAAUACCCAUGUCAGUCACGGCGUUUAUCUGUACCGGAAGUCCCGGUUUUUCCCACAUUUUCCCGACCCGCCACUUGUCGACCCCAAGCCUGAUGACCGAUACUAUAUGCUCAGUUCAGACAAGCGGCUCCCAGACUGGAGCUAUAGCUGUGUACAAGUACAACGCAUGUCCAAGGAUGGGUAUCCCGUUAUCAUUCCUACCCCUGCCCGGUACCUAGAAGCCGUCUGCCUGCAGUCAGUCCGUCACUACGAAGUGCAGGAUGGGAGUUACUUUUGGAACGAGGAGAGAUGCGCCAUGAUACAUAUCUUGGAAGAUCGUUUUACUGAUACAUUGAAACUGGAUGACCUUGAUGAGCCAUGGCAUGAAUAUGGCAAACUAAAUAUUGACCGCGGUUAUGGUGAUCGCGCAGGUGACUAUGGUGGCCAGAAAUACAGGCUCUUCCUCUAUCUGGACAUGAAGAAGAAAGGUCAACUUCCACCACCCGAGACAAAGGCAAGAGAUAGAUGGUUAAGACCAAUCCCGGACCUUGUAAGGGAAUGGGGCCUGCCCCUGGAUUUACUAGACUGA